GUGGUCGCGCGCGUGCCGUGCGCGACCGAUUAAAGGCAAACCUCUGUGCUAACGCGAUUUGUCCCGCGUGACUACGCGUUUACAAGUGUCUAUUUUUACGGGGGCCUCGUUCCUGGAAGAAUAUUGUCUUUUUGUACCUGUUAGCGAUUGUUAAAUGUUACUUUCGUUUCAUCCAAUACGUCGAGUGCAGCGCGCGCGCGCUGCAGGACGGAAAUACUUGUACUUUUCUCCCUAGUGUUCAAACAUAUUCGGGGAGAUUGAUUCUAAGUUCUAGACUCUCCCUCUUUCAUUAUCAAAUCGCAUCACGAUUUUUCUUUGUUCCUUUACUUGUCUAGUUUCGUAAAAGGAGUUUUUAUAUAUUAAUACUACAUAUGAACAUUUACUCUCUUAAGGGGAUACUAAACUGCUCUGUUUUAUCACUAAUUUUUUGGACACCGAAAUCUUUUUAUUGAUUGCAUGGAAUUGAAAUCCUUCUCCAAAAUUAAAGUACAGAUAGUAACGCGGUGCGAUCAAUUUCACACGAAAAACGAAAGAAAGUUAGAAAAUUAUAGUUUUGUUAUCGACUUUUGUAGUCGACUCGUGAAAACAUUUACUGCGUAUAAAAGUUUUAGACUUUGUACGUAUAAAAUAAGGCGCACUUGGCAUUUUAGCAAAGAACAGUACUGUGCUUUUAGAAUAAGCCUAGAAACCUUAGAAAAAAAGUUUUUCAUGUUUAAGGGGAUCCUAUCUGUUUUAUCGACAAAAUUGUACAAUUUGUUUCAAAAUCCUUCAAUUUGUUCCGAAAUACAUACAAAAUUUUGUUAAUGACGUGUCUAAAUGACUACAUUAUCGACCUCGAUCAAGUUUGACGAGCAGUUUAGCAUCCCCUUAACACGGUACUUAAGUUGAUAGCACAAGAGCUAAAAUUUUUAUCUCUUAACGUGUUUCGGAUUACACGUGAUUUUAGACUUGGAUAAACGCACGAGAUGUUUUUGUGCAAGCUCAAAUCACAUGUUGGCAACGUUAAAUGAAUUUUAGUGAGAUUUAAAUUGGUUAGACAAAAUUAGUGAAAAUGAAUUUUUUCAUCGGAGAACGUGAAUUUGCCGUCAAUUUUCAAUGGCGGCGCGAGCCAUAAAGAUUUAUGUUAAGUUGAAGUAGAUUAACAUUUUUCUCUAGAUGUAUUUGUUUCACGGAAAAAUCUGCGAUAAACUGAGUGAUAUCGAGAGGAUAAAUUAUUAUAACUUACCUGACAAUGUAUUUAGUCAUGUAAGACAACACCGGACAUGCGCCUGUUUUCAAGUUUUAAUAAAAAUCUUUUACGAGAAAAGUGACCUGCUUUUAAGAAUUACGUUUUACGUACUCUCACUUUUAUGUUCUUUUGCGUCGUACGUUUUCUUCUCUGGUUCACCUUUGCUCUCUCAUUCUUUCUCUCUCUUUUUCUCUAUGUAUUGUCACCUGUUUAUUUCACGCGAAUAUUCUUUCUGCAUGGAAUCUUGGUGCGUUUAUCCUCGAACAGGGUGUUAUCGAGACACGUCCCCGAGCAUACCCGAUGAUGUUGACCGUGACACGAUCUUUUGUAGGUGGCAGAUCCAUGGAGCUUCACGACACACGCCGGAAGAAGUACAUCAAGAAACGAGACACAGGGUACAAUUCGGACACCGGCAAGUUCCACUGUCCCAAUUGCAACAACGGUUACGGCAGGCGGGACACGAUGCUCGGUCAUUUCAGGUACGAGUGCGGCAAAGCGCCCAGGUAUAAGUGCCCGUACUGCAACCUCUGCAGCAAGAAGACCUCGAAUGUUUAUCAGCACGUGAGGUGUAUGCAUCCGAAAGAGCGCGUGAGUCUCGUGAGGCUUUAUUGAGCUCGCGAAUGCUUUCGCCACUGAGCCGUGGACCAGCAAAAUGUAUGUGAAGAAACCUCCGGUUCUACAUUCGCUGAAAUGGACGAAGGAACUUUUUGUUUCUUCAAUUCUUGCCAUUUACACUUACAUUUGUAUAUAACUUAAACGUGGAAGAUUUUGUUUCUUGAAACCAAGUUGACAAAUCGGCAAAAUAGAUUCAUAUGCACGUAUGGUGUAGAAUAUUGAAAGUUUUGAAAAACGUUUAUCGGCGAGUGAACCAUGUUAAAGACAUUAUCAUUCACUAAAGUAUUUUUUUCAGUAUUAUAUUUUGUGAGUGUCUGAAAUGUUUUUGUUAACUUUUAUGUUAAUUUAUUUGUACAAUAAUUACAGGCUGUUUUGGUUUUUAUUUAUUCUCGACGAUUGAAAUCUAAGUAAUUCAAGACUGUACUGUACAUAGCGUUUUAAAAUGUGAAAACAUAAUUAUUCCGCAGUAUAUACUAGGUUUAUAUAAAUUGCUAAUAUAUUAAUUAUUGUAAUAGCUAUUUUGCAUUUGUUUGUUCUUGGCCUUUUAUGUUGAUUAGAUUGAUUUGUAAAAAAAUAAAAAAAAA